CCUUAAACCCUUGAAGAAUUUCAAACAAAACCUCUCUCUCUCUCUCGAAUCAGCAGCAUCAAAUUAAAACUAUUGAGAAUUUGAAGUUCGAUUUUUAUGAAAAGGAUGGCUCUUUUACGAAGAUUCAACACGAUUCGUUCUCUUUAUCAAACCUUUGAGCUUCGAGAAUCUUCUUCUUUUCUACUCAGGAGUUCUAGAAGCUAUAUCACAGGAAGUUCAAAUGUUCCUCAAUUCUACAGCCACGGCGCAUCUUCUUGUCUAUAUAAGACAGAUACUAAUGCUCUUCCAUGGACUUGUAGAAGCGCUAUGACACUUCGUUCUACCAUGGCUGCUGAAUUCUUGAUCUUUUUGAAUGACAAAAAGUCUGUAAGCACACAAGCAAAAGCCCCUGCACAAGCACGGCAAAUGGGAGCUCUUAAAGUGUCUAUGACCAGCCCUGGAUUUGUCUAUGAACCUUAUGCACCUGGCGAACCAAUCUCAUUUUGGAAGAGAUAUUUCACAAGAAGCGGUUGGAGAAGAACAAAGGAUGAUAUCAAGUCGGAGCUCAAAAGUGCCUAUGCCAUUGCCAAGUUAAGGAGAUCUGGAUACUCAAAAAACCAGUUCUAUAAGGAGGCCGUUGAACUAUUCAAGGAGAUAAACACUCUAAUGGCGAAUGGUGACAAAACAACAUUACGAAAAGUAGUUACAGAGAAUAUGUUCUCUGCACUCAAGAAUGAAAUUAAGAAAAGGGAAUCUGUCUGGAGUCAGGUUUACUGGGAGAUGGUUGAACCUAUUGUUAAAAUACGAACUUUGCGAGCUCGACUGAUUGGUGUUGAUAAGAAUGACAUAAAUAAAGCUUUCAUACAACUUACUCUUGAGUUUCUGUCUAAGCAGAAAUUUGAAGCAUAUGAUUCAAAAGGUGCUGUUGUUGCUGGAGAUAGAACUAAGGAGGUCCUUGUUCGUGAUAUCUGGGUAUUUGAGAAGUCUCUCUUUCAUCCUGGAGCUUACUGGCGUCUUUGUGGGCGAAUCAAAGUGUGAGCCAGCUAUUAUUGACUGCAGACCAAUAUUUGCCAUGCUGAUGACGAAUAAUUAAUUUACUCUUACCCAAUUUUGUUUGCUGGUCGUAUUGUAAGUUAUGCAAUCUGUAUAAUACAUGUAUUCUAUUCAUUUUGAUCGACUCAAUUUUUGAAGUGAAUUCUUUAAAGAGUAAUAAUGACUGGCAGUUUACAGCUUAA